CUGAGCCUCCUCGGUGCGGAGAGCGCGCGGCCGGGGGGCGCCCUGCGGCCGCAGACCCCAUGGCCGCGGGCGUGGAGCAGCGGCUGGGCAGCCUCGCCGUCUUCACCCAGGACGACUUCGACGGCGACUGGCGCCGGGUGGCCAGCGGCGGCUUCGGCCAGGUGUUCCGGGUGCGGCACCGGCGCUGGAGGACGGAGUUCGCGGUCAAGUGCAGCCCCUGCCUCCAGCCGGAGGCCUCCAGCUACGACAUGGACUGCCUCAUUGAAGAAGCAGCCAAAAUGGAGAAGAUCAAGUUUCAGCACAUCGUGUCCAUCUAUGGCGUGUGCAGGCAGCCCCUGGGCAUUGUGAUGGAGUUCAUGGCCAACGGCUCCCUGGAGAAGAUGCUGCCCACGCACAGCCUCUCCUGGCAGCUCAAGUUCCGCAUCAUCCAUGAGACCAGCCUGGCCAUGAACUUUCUCCACAGCAUUAAGCCGCCUCUGCUCCACCUGGACCUCAAACCGGGCAACAUCCUCCUAGAUGGCAACAUGCAUGUCAAGAUUUCGGACUUCGGCCUGUCCAAGUGGAUGGAACAGUCGACCCGGAUGCAGUACAUUGAGAGGUCAGCUCUACGGGGCACCCUCAGCUACAUCCCCCCUGAGAUGUUCUUGGAAAGUGACAGGGCCCCAGGACCCAAGUAUGACGUGUACAGCUUUGGGAUUGUCAUCUGGGAGCUCCUCACUCAGAAGAAGCCGUAUUCAGGCUUCCACAUGGUGACCAUUGUCGUGCGAGUGGCUGCGGGCAUGCGGCCGUCUCUGCAGUCCGUCUCUGAUACGUGGCCGGGUGAGGCCCAGCAGAUGGUGAGCCUGAUGAGGCGCUGUUGGGACCAGGACCCCAAGAAGAGGCCCUGCUUUCCAGACAUCACAGUGGAGACGGACGUCUUACUGCUCCUGCUGCAGAGCCCCGUGGCGGAGCCGGAGAGCGAGGCCCUGGCCCGGAAGGUGUCCUGCAAGCCAUCUCUGCCCCGGCCCAGGGAGGUCAGUGAAGAGGUCAGCCAGGAGCUAACAGACAGCGACUCUGGAGGCUACCCGGAGCGGGUCCUGCAGCUCUCGGACGGCGAGGACCCCGUCCCCAGCGGCGAGGAGCCCUGCACAUCCGAGAACAAAGUCUCUCCCCUCCACUUCCUGGUGGUGCAGGGCAGCGUGGAGCGGGUGAGGCUGCUGCUGGCCCACGAGGUCGACGUGGACUGCCAGACGGCCUGCGGCUACACGCCGCUCCUCAUCGCCACCCAGGACCGGCAGCCCGAGCUCUGCGCCCUGCUCCUGGACCACGGGGCCGACGCCAACCUGGCCGACGAAGACGGCUGGGCCCCGCUGCACUUCGCGGCCCAGAACGGAGACGACCGCACCGCCCGCCUGCUCCUGGACCACGGCGCCCGCGUGGACGCCCAGGAGCAUGAGGGCUGGACCCCGCUGCACCUGGCGGCGCAGAACAACUUUGAGAACGUGGCGCGGCUGCUGGUCUCCCGCCAGGCCGACCCCAACCUGCACGAGGCCGAGGGCAAGACCGCUCUCCACGUGGCCGCCCACUUCGGCCACGUCAGCCUGGUCAAGCUGCUGGCGGGCCAGGGGGCCGAGCUGGACGCACGGCAGCGGAACCUGAGGACGCCGCUGCACCUGGCCGUGGAGCGAGGCAAAGUGAGGGCCAUCCAGCACCUGCUGAAGAGCGGGGCGGCCCCUGAUGCCCUUGACCGGAGCGGCUACAGCCCACUGCACCUGGCGGCCGCCAGGGGGAAGUACCUUAUCUGCAAGAUGCUCCUCAGGUACGGGGCCAGCCUCCAGCUGCCCACGCGGCAGGGCUGGACACCGCUCCAUCUCGCAGCCUACAAAGGCCACUUGGAGGUCAUCCACCUGCUGGCGGAGAGCCACGCAGACCUGGGGGCUCCUGGGGACAUGAAGUGGACGCCCCUGCACCUGGCUGCCCGCCACGGGGAGGAGGUGGUGGUGUCGGAGCUGCUGCGGUGUGGGGCCGACCCCAACGCCACCGAGCAGUCGGGCUGGACGCCCCUGCACCUGGCCGUCCAUCGGGGUGCCUUCCUGAGCAUCAUCCACCUCCUGGAGCACCACGCCGACGUCCACGCCCGCAACAAGGUGGGCUGGACCCCCGCCCACCUGGCCGCCCUCAAGGGCAACACGGCCAUCCUCAAAGUGCUGGUCAAAGCCGGCGCCCAGCUGGACGUCCGGGACGGGGUGGGCUGCACACCCCUGCAGCUGGCCCUCCGGAACCAAAAGCAGAACAUCGCUGCCUUCCUGGAGGGCAAGGAGCCCCCACUGGCCGUUCUGGGCGGUGCUGAGCCUGGAGCCCAGGCGAGAAUGUAGGCAACCCGGGGCCUCCUCACCCGUGAGAAGAGGGGUCAGUGGAGGCGAAGCUGGCCUUCUGGCAUGGUCCCUUCCCUGUGCUUGCCACCUGCUCCCGAGGCCUUGAGAGGACACAGGAGGAGCCUGGUGUCCCCCCAGAGGGAAAGGAGGUACACUGAGGUCGCAGCCGGGGGUGGGGCCCCGGCCUCCUGUUCCCCCUCCCGAACCUGGACUCAAGCCCCCGGAGUGAGUUCCCUCUUCCUUCCCCAGACUCCUGCCACCUUGCGCCACUUGCCCCUGAGCUCCCAGGGGCCCCUGCGUCCCCGGAACCCUCUCUGACGGCGAAGGGAUGCACGGAGAAGAGGGACAUGCUCCCUCCUGGCUAGAAUCUGUGUACUUGGCCUGUAUCUCCAGCAAGGCCAGGACAGUCAGGCACGUGCUUUUCGAAAGGGGCCGCAGCUAAAAGUUGGGAGGAAGUUUCAGCCUACUCUGUAACGCCCCAGCCAGCCCUGUUGCCACACAGACCACACCUUC